AUGUUUUCAGACAAUUUGAUAUUACGAACAACUCGUGCGUGUGUAUGCCGCCCCUGUCUCGUCCCUGCUGUCACACCGCAGGUUCCCUGUCCUACGAAUGCGCGAAUGCUACCUCGCGGUCAACCUGCUCAGCAUGCCCAAGACUCUGACACCCUUGCCAGCAGCACACGCCCCUCCUCGUGUAACGGCCACCGGAAGAUCGAAACCUACCAGCAAAGCAGAUCACCCGCACAAGCCACGAAUGCGGGAAUGGGCUGCAUCUUUCCCCUCGAGGCGGGGAGAGGUGCACCCACCAGGUACUCUGUUAAACGUUCCGACUACAAGGUGAUGAUGAUGCAGAUGAUAAUACUGGUGAUAGUGUGCUCCUGCUUGCAUGGAAUUCGCUCGCGGCCCGUCCUGCCUCCGCCCACACACAACCCACAGGUAUGUGGGCCCAGAGCUGUGGCGUCCCCUCCCGUAGCUGCCCGUGGAGGGUUUCCACAUGCCCGCCGGCGACACUAACAAGCGUGGAUCGAGCGAGACCGGGGGGUUCUGGAGACAAGCCAACGAUCGGGGAAGGAGAGGGAUGAAGCUGAGCCAGCACUACUAGUCGGGGUUGAAGCUCUAUAGAAGUCUGAAAUUUUUAUUUUUCUUUGACGACAACAGGGUAGUAGUAGAGAAUCUUAACUUUAACGCGAGUUUCUUACUUUAGACUUUAACUUUUGAACAACAACUUUAACGGGAAUCUUUCGCACAACGACGCUUUACGAGUCAGCACUUCAAGAACUUCACAGCAGCAACACUUUUAGUAGUUAUUCGAAGCUUUAAGUAGACUUUGAGACCCUCCAGUUCCAAGCAAAAGGUUCAGAAAAACAACAAAAGCAAAGCGAUCAAAGCAUCGCAAAGUUCGUCGUACUUAAAUAAAUUGAUCCUCCUUCUCUCAACAAGUCGAGUCUCUCUACGUACUUAAAUAAAUUGAUCCUCCUCCUCAACCCUCGUAUCUGGUCGAGUGUAGCCGCUCCAAUGUGAAAUUACACUUGGAUUCGAGCGAUCGGACUUGCCAGGAUUUCCUUUAUACAUUCUGAACAUUCAUGCAAUAAAUCAAAAACAUUCAGCAUAUUUAGAACCGGC